UUUUGUGUUUGUUGGUUGGUGCUGCACUGCAUUUUCACAGUUUUCUUCAGAAUUUUUGUGCGUUGAAGUAUUUUUUUCGGGUUUUAGGCAACUUACAAAAUACAAUAGUUAUUCCCACAUUGUGUUAGUGUUUCGUGAUUUCAAUAUAAAAGAAUGGAGUAGCUAUGUUAGGUGACAUUCAACUAACUAAACGUUUGAUAGUGAUUGCUUUAAUUCUUGGUAUUAUUUACAUUUUGAAGGAAUACGUGUUUGUUUAUCCGAUAUGAGUCAGCAUCGGGUUGCUUAUUUUUAUAACGCGGACGUGGGGAAUUUUCAUUAUGGGCCAGGGCACCCUAUGAAACCUCACAGGUUAUCCGUGACGCAUAGUUUGGUCCUCAACUAUGGUCUGCAUAAAAAGAUGCAGAUCUACAAGCCUUACCGAGCCAGUGCCCACGACAUGUGUCGCUUCCACAGUGAAGACUACAUCGAGUUCUUGCAGAAUGUCACCCCACAAAAUAUACAAAGUUAUUCAAAAGACUUGCUGCAUUACAACGUAGGCGAUGAUUGUCCUGUGUUCGAGGGACUUUUUGAUUUCUGUUCGAUGUACACCGGUGCUUCAUUGGAAGGUGCCAUGAAGUUAAACAAUAACUCAUGUGAUAUUGCUAUCAACUGGUCAGGGGGACUGCACCAUGCUAAAAAAUUUGAACCUUCAGGAUUCUGUUACGUAAACGACAUUGUGAUAGCAAUACUAGAGCUGCUUAAAUACCACCCUCGAGUUCUGUACAUAGACAUUGACGUGCACCACGGAGACGGCGUUCAAGAGGCUUUUUAUCUGACGGAUAGAGUAAUGACCGUCAGUUUCCACAAAUACGGCAAUUACUUCUUCCCCGGUACGGGAGAUAUGUAUGAAAUUGGCGCUGAAAGUGGUAGAUACUACUCUGUGAAUGUGCCACUGAAGGAAGGCAUUGAUGACCAAAGCUAUGUGCAGGUGUUCAAGCCGGUGAUAUCGAACGUGAUGGAGUUCUACCGGCCCACCGCUAUAGUUCUGCAGUGCGGCGCGGACUCGCUAGCGGGCGACCGGCUCGGGUGCUUCGCCCUGUCCACCCGCGGCCACGGGGAGUGCGUCAAGUUUGUCAAGAACCUUAACGUGCCUACGCUCGUGGUUGGGGGCGGAGGGUACACCUUACGAAACGUCGCGCGUUGCUGGACGUACGAGACAUCCCUAUUGGUGGACGACAACAUAUCCAACGAGUUACCUUACACCGAGUAUUUGGAGUUCUUCGCGCCAGACUUCCAGCUGCAUCCAGAGGUUGGCAACACAAACAACGCCAACAGCAAGCAGUACUUGGAGGCGAUAACGAAGCACGUGUACGAUAACCUGAAGAUGUGCCAGCAUUCGCCAGCUGUUCAAAUGACCCAUGUGCCAGGCGACUUCUUCCCCGAGGAGUACCGGAUAAAGGACGAGCCCGACCCCGACGUGAAGAUGACGCAGGAGGAGGCCGACAAGAUCGUCGACGCCAAGAACGAGUUCUAUGACGACGAGAAGGACAACGACAAGGAGGCUCCCGCGCCGCCGCCCGAGACUAAGGAGCCGUAGCGAACGCCUACGCCCUCGGCCACCACCGGCGCCGACGCGUCCGGUGGCCCGGACACGGGGGCGCCCAUCCCGGACACCGACGUCACAGUGGUGCCCGUGCCGGACACGAGUGAGAGUGAACCUGUGCCCACCACUAGCGGGUUGUAAACUUUAG